AGCACAUGCAUGUACGAAAAGAGUGGAAGCAGCAAGAGAACGCGCCACUCCCUCCCCUCCCUUCUGAGAAAAUUAGCUAGCUGUCUCACUGUCUCUCACUAUGGAGAAAGAAGGAGAGGUCAGUAAAGAGCAAGUUGUUGGGCCUCCGCCUCCGCCUCGGCCGCCGCCACAGCAUAAAUGCCCACGGUGUGAUUCAGACAACACCAAGUUCUGCUAUUACAACAACUACAGCCUGUCACAGCCUCGAUACUUGUGCAAAGCAUGUAAGAGGUACUGGACACAAGGUGGAACCCUCAGGAAUAUUCCUCUUGGUGCUUCCAAGAACAAGAUCAAGAACAAGCCCAACAAGCGUACCUUCAACACUGCUACUACUACUUCUUCUUCCUCCUCCUCCAAACUCUAUUAUCAUCAUCAUGCUGCUGCUUCUACUGCAUCAUCAUCAUCAGCAGCAGCAGCAUCAUCAUCAGGGAGCAGCAUGGCAGAAUAUACAACUGCUGCUGCUUCUCACCUUCAUCAUCAAUGGCCCUCUCAUGCCAACUACUCUUUCUGGAGUACUACUGUCUGCACCACUUCUUCCAUAAGCGCUAAUAAUAACAACUCUUCUCAGUCACAGACCAAUAUCAUGCCAAGAACAGAAGCUUCUUCUUCUCCUUCUUUCAUCACACCAAAUCAAUGGCCACAUCUCAAAUGGAACCACCCUAUGCCUCCUCCAUGAUUGCAUUGCAUUGCACCAUCUCCAUCAUCAUAUUAUUAAUUAUUACCAGUUUACCACCUAAUGUUUAAUUUCGUCAUUUCCUUUUCUGGUUUAAUUUGUAUUAGGUUUGGAAAUCUAAUUUUAAUUUCUUUACCA